UGAUUAACUCAUCAAAGGUUAUUUAGCCACAGUGGUUCUGCUGUGAGCUCACAACACAAGACAUUCCAGACAUUGGAAUUGAAAAUGCAGACUGUAAGCUAUGGGUUCUUUCUUAUAUCAUGGAUUUGCUUUUCUGCUGUGGCCAAGGCACAGAAAGGUUGUUCUGGCAGUUCAAUACCCAAAAAUCUAAAGACUGAAUUACCCUCCGAGAUGAAAGAUAUCUAUGCACAUGGUGACCCUUUGAGGUUGACUUGCCAAACUGGCUAUGCUGGAUUUCUGAGAAUAAUUUGCACCAAUGGUGACUGGACAAUAAUUCGAACACGUAAAUGUGAACCAAAGCAGUGUGGUCACCCAGGUGAUACACCACAUGGCGACUUCAUUCUUACAAAGGGAGACGAUUUUGUAUUUGGAUCUCAAGUGGAGUAUACCUGUGAAAAAGGAUACAUAUUGGCUGGAAAGGUAAAUCACCGUAGUUGCAUGGAUCAAGGAUGGGAUAAUGCCAUUCCCGUUUGUGAAGUGGUGAAAUGUAGUCCAAUACCACAAAGUCGAUAUUUGAGUACCUCUGGGAAUAUUGAGAGCCCUCAAUAUGGUGAUGUAAUACAGUUUGACUGCGAAACUGAUAAGGAGAAAAGAGUUGGGGAAAAACAAAUUCACUGUACUGAGACCGGUGAAUGGAGUGCAAAUGUGCCAACAUGUGAAGAUGUAACAUGUAAACUACCAGAUAUAAUAAAUGGUCGGGUCACAAACGAAAAGAAUAUUUAUGAGAAAGAUGACAUCUUAUUAUUUGCUUGCAAUGAAGGCUAUACACCAGUGGGAAGAGCAUCUUCUACAUGCACCCAACAUGAUUGGAUGCCAAAACCACAAUGUGAAGAAACGGUUUGUAGAGCGAGAACAUCAACAAAUAUUACUCCCAAAAAGACUGUAUUUAUUCCUGGAGAAAGUGCUAAAAUAGUUUGUGAGCCACCGUCUAGAACACACACAAAAAAACGGGAGGAUACAGUGACAUGCAGAAACGAUGGAUCAUGGUCAUUCAGCAUAGAAUGCGAAGAAACGAUCUGCACAAUUACACCAGAAGACAAUAUACUGUAUUUGUCGUAUUGGCGCUAUACUUUUAAAUACAAACAAACGUUAUCAUCUUACACCUGCCGACGUGGAUUCAAAACAUCUGGAGGCUCUACUUGUGAAGUUGAGGGCUGGGUGCCACCGCUGUGCCCAGCAAUAACAUGUAAUCCAGAGAUUCCUAAUGCUAUCAUUCUGAGUGAAAAUAAGACUUACACAUUUGAUGAGCGUCUGGAAUAUGAAUGUAAACUUUUUCAUGGACCAGAAGGAAAGCAAUACGCAUACUGUGGGGUUAAUGGCUGGCAAUGGCCUAACUGCAAAGCAAAAGAAAAUUAUUGCAAAAGACCUGAUCUAGAAAAUGGAUAUCACAUCAAUGUCAAAAGAGAUGCUUCAGUCAUUUAUUAUAGUUGCGUUUCUGGUUAUAAACCCUUCAUGGAAGGUUGGUGGGACAAAUUGACAUGCAAGAAAAUGGAAUGGUCUAACAUCCCAAAGUGCAUUGAUGAAACUGCAUGUGUUCCUCCAACAAUUCUGAAUACAAAAGAGGAAGUCAGGAAAGACCUGUAUUCAAAUGGUGAAUCUUUGACAUUUGAAUGUGAGGAUGCAUAUGAAAUGGAAGGUACUGGCCAGAUAAAAUGUGUAAAUGGAGAGUGGAAGUCACAACUACCAGUCUGCAAACCAUCUGGUUAUAGUUGUAAUCCUCCCCCACGUGUUGCAGAUGCAACAAUUACAUCAAAAUAUAAGACAAAAUAUCCUCAUCAAUCUACAGUGCAAUUCCAAUGCAGAGAUUUAUAUGAAAUUCAGGGAAACAGAGAAGUCACCUGCACCAGUGGAACGUGGAGUGACAUUCCAACAUGCAUUUCAAAGACAAAAUCCACAGCAACUGAGCGGCCCUCUGAGAAAAGUGGCAAUGGCCCAACGGUAGCGCCGUCAUCCGCAGAAACGAUCUGCAGAAUUACACCAGAAGACAAUGUACAGUCUUCGCACUAUUGGCACUCUACUUUUCAAUACAAACAAACAUUAUCAUCUUACACCUGCCGACGUGGAUUCAAAACAUCUGGAGGCUCUACUUGUGAAGUUGAGGGCUGGGUGCCACCGCUGUGCCCAGCAAUAACAUGUAAUCCAGAGAUUCCUAAUGCUAUCAUUCUGAGUGAAAAUAAGACUUACAAAUUGAACGAGUAUGUGGAAUAUGAAUGUAAACUUUUUCAUGAACCAGAAGGAAAGCAAAACGCAUACUGUGGGGUUAAUGGCUGGGAAUGGCCUAACUGCAAAGCAAAAGAAAAUUAUUGCAAAAGACCUGAUCUAGAAAAUGGAUAUCACAUCAAUGUCAAAAGCAAUGCUUCAGUCAUUUAUUAUAGUUGCGUUUCUGGUUAUAAACCCUUCGUGGAAGGUUGGUGGGAUGAAUUGACAUGCAAGAAAAGUGAAUGGUCUGACAUCCCAAAGUGCAUUGAUGAAACUGCAUGUGUUCCUCCAAAAAUUCUGAAUGCAAAACAAGUCAGGAAAGUCAGGAAAGACCUGUAUUCAAAUGGUGAAUCUUUGACAUUUGAAUGUGAGGAUGCAUAUGAAAUGGAAGGUACUGGCCAGAUAAAAUGCGUAAAUGGAGAGUGGGAUUCACCUCUACCAGUCUGCAAACCUUCUGGUUAUAGUUGUAAUCCUCCCCCACGUGUUGCAGAUGCAACAAUUACAUCAAAAUAUAAGACAAAAUAUGCUCAUCAAUCUACAGUGCAAUUCCAAUGCAGAGAUUUAUAUGAAAUUCAGGGGAACAGAGAAGUCACCUGCACCAGUGGAACGUGGAGUGACAUUCCAACAUGCAUUUCAAAGAUAAAAUCUACAGCAACUGGGUGGUCUAAGCAAAGUGGCCCAACGAUAGUGACGCCAUCGCCAGAAAAAUAUCCCUGUGAAAAACCUGUCCUGAAAGGUGGAUUUGUGGACCCCUCAAGAUCCACAUACUAUGAAGGUGAUAUACUGGAAUAUCAAUGCUUCAGUCCAUGUAAGCCCAGAACGAAAAGAAAUAUCACUUGUACAAAUGGACAGUGGAGUGACCGGGUGGAGUGUACAUGUUUCACUUCUUGUGAACCCCCACAAGAAAUUCCAUUUGGGGAUAUUAAAGGUUUGACAAAAGAUGUAUAUAACACCGGUGAGACGGUAGAAUACCAGUGCAAGAAUUACUAUGUACUUUCUGGUCGAGAGUUCAUAACAUGCCGCAGUGGGGAGUGGGAUGAUCCUCCAAAAUGCCUUGAACCAUGUACCGUGACAAUUGAAGAAAUGAACCAAAGGGGAAUUGAACUCAGAUACAAACAUCCAACAAAGGUUUACGUAAAACAUGAGGAACGAAUUGUGUUCGCAUGCAAAUAUGGCAAAAGGCAAACUGAUGGCGAAUUUAUUAACUGGUGCACACAUGGUAGAAUCCACCUUCCAUCUUGUGCUUAAGAACUAUGUUCAUGCAUAGAUUAACAUGCAUGGAUUGUACCUAUUAAUUGAUUGAAUUUAAAGUUUUAGAAAAUUCACAGAUGAUCAGCACAAUAAAUAGAUACAGUAAAUAUCUCACUCGGUGUCUUUAACACUUGAAAAAGGAUAAAGAUAAUACAGCCAGUCAGUGUGUUACUCUUAUAUAAACUAGAACAGUGAGACAGACAUGAUGAACCAGUACACAGUCUUUGAAGUCCAGACUACCAAAACAGCUACGGAGUGGAAGAAAAUAUAAAUUCAAAUCCUCAUGAGCUUAUUUUGUAAUGUCACGAGAGAAGGAUUGAAGGGACAAUUUAGUCCAUGUGCAUUUGUUUUAUAACUCCAACAUUUUCCAACUCAACAGGAAAGCACUCACAGAAAAAGAUGGGUCAAUGGAUAACCAAAGUACAGACAAAAUAUUUGCUAAAUCAUUCUUGUUUGAACUAAGAUGCAUUUACUCCACAUAUUGCUCAAUGUUCAAUGUUGAAAUACUGAUAAUGUACAAAUAAAACAUUCCUGGAUUUCA